CUCAUCCCGGAGAGAUCUGGACGGCUUGCAGUGAUGGAAGCCUUCAAGUCUCCAAAGAACCUGGUCCCCAGGGAGAAACCUGAUGGGGGGCUGGUUUCUGUCACUAUUCCAGCCUCUCCCUUCAUGCAGAAGCUUGGAUAUGGCACCGGGGUCAACGUCUACUUGAUGAAACGAUCUCCCAGAGGCUUGUCUCGCUCCCCUUGGGCAGUGAAGAAAAUUAAUUCCAAAUGCAACAGCAGCCAGCAAAGCAUCUAUCAGCAGAGACUGAACGAAGAAGCCAAGAUCUUGAAAAACCUCCAGCACCCCAACAUCGUGGGUUAUCGUGCAUUUACAGAAGCCAAUGAUGGAAGCAUGUGCUUGGCCAUGGAGUACGGAGGAGAAAAAUCCCUCAAUGACUUAAUUGAAGAAAGAAGAGUCAAGAGGUUGGGCCCAUUCCCUGCUGCCACAAUUUUCAAAGUCGCCUUGAGCAUGGCCAGGGGCCUGAAGUAUCUUCACAACGAUAAGAAGCUGCUCCACGGAGAUAUCAAGUCUUCAAACGUGGUCAUUAAAGGUGACUUUGAAGCCAUCAAGAUCUGUGAUGUGGGAGUGUCCCUGCCCCUGGAUGAGAACAUGACCGUGAGUGAUCCAGAGAUGUGCUACAUUGGCACCGAGCCCUGGAAGCCCAAGGAGGCUCUGCAGGAUGAUGGUGUCAUCACUGACAAGGCAGACAUCUUUGCUUUUGGGCUGACUCUCUGGGAAAUGAUGACCCUCUCUGUGCCCCACCUCAACUUGGGCGACGACUCUGAUGACGAAGAUGAAUCCUUUGAUGAAGACUGCUUCGAUGAAGAGGCUUACUAUGCAGCCCUGGGAACUCGUCCAGCCCUCAACAUGGAGGAACUGGACCCAUCCUACCAGCGCAUGAUCGACCUCUUCACUGUCUGCACCAGCGAGGAGCCCAAGAAGCGUCCCUCAGCCGCAUGCAUCGUGGAAGUCUUGGAGACAACUUUGUCCCCAGAGUAAAAGCCCUCAAGCUUCCACAGCCCCACCCUGGAGCUCUGUGUCAGGGGUGUGGGAGCUCAGGGGUUGAAGAGUAAACUUAUUCCUUCUAGUAGGUGAAACCUGCUCUGCAUACUUAAAAACCAGCGCCUAAACUCAUUAUGACCUUAUCCUAUUCCAGGUUUAAGGACACAUUGCUCUGUCUUGCUUCUAGAGCUGUCCUCUUCCACCUGCACUUAGGUCCUACAUAAGCUCUUGUGCAAUCACUGUGCUUUUACUUUUGUCAGGUUAAAGCUGUUUUUAAAACCCUUCCCUGUUGACGUAGCAAUAGUUUUUGUGACUGAGAUGGUUAAAAUAAAUAUUUUUUUUCUUA